GGUCGUGGUCAUUUCCGGAUUUUCAGUCAUGUGUUCGAAACAUAUAUAUUUGUUGACAGUCUCAUAAACAUCCGAAUCCCCAUGAGUAUACGAGCGUUAUGGGUAGUUAAACUACCCUCCACCAAUAAUAAAUCCCCAAAGAAUUUAUUCUUCAGAAAAUUUCCAACUGUUGAGAAAAAGACGAAACAAGUAGAAGGUUCAAACUAUAUUGCCAUUCCCAACUCCCCACAGUUUUUGCAACAGCUGCUUGUUGAGACAGGACUGUCGCAUACAUCAAGCGAGUUUGUUGGCAGCAGAGAUCAAUGCUCAAAGCAGGAUGAGAAACCAGUGUUUGAAGUGGACACCAGUAGCGGUAAAAUCUGGCCCUUUAUCGUCAUUGAACAGCAAGGUUUGUUGUACUGCUGCCUGGUGCACGUACCACAGGGAGCCCAUCUCAGACCAAACAUCAUAGAAAUCCCAUCUGUGUCGCUCGGCUUCUCCCUGAUGUGUGGUGUAGCAGAGUACAUUCGGUCGGUCACCAGUCAGGAGCUUCCUGCCCGGCUGACGGAACUCCACAACUUCCUGAAUGAAGCAGCGCCCUUCGGAGCACCGAGAGACACAUGCUGUGAAUCUAUAGUGGCCAAGUUAGCAGGGAGACCCAUUACCCUGCCCAAGUCACAGAAGCAACCAGCUUGGAAACCUCUUCUCAACAAGGGAAAAGGAAUUAUCUACCUUUCAGUAUCAGAAUGCAUUAAGGCAUCUCAGUGUGAGCAAGGGGAAACAAAUGACUCAUGGGAUGUGUACGGCUCCAUAUCAUGUCGCGCUGACCUAGAGGGUGCUCUGUCGGACAUAACACUGAACGUGUCGCACCAGAGUGAUGGGGACAGUGUUGCCCUUGAUCACUUGCUUAUACACCCAUGUGUCCAGAGUGCUGACUCGGGGAUUGUUGAUUCAGCGAGCAUGACCCAGUCCCAUCCUCUCCCUCGCCGCCUCCGCUUCAUGCCCCCAACGGAGAUGUUCACCCUGUGUCAGUACUCUGUGUCCGGACUACAGGAGCUGCCCAUAUUUGGUGUCUACCAGAUGAAAUGUGACGCUAAGAUUGCCAACCUCACUGUCAAACUGAAACUCAGCAACCAAGUGAAGAACAUGUUUGAGUACUGUGAGGUGCAGAUUUCUUUCUUUAACAGAGGGAGUAUAUCGAUGCAUGACUCCUCGCCUUCUCAGGGCAGCGUGUCGCUGUCACCUAGUAAAACGAUCCUGGUGUGGAAUGUUGGUCAGAAGUUCCCCAGCAAGACCCUGGAGGUGACAAUGUCUGCAAACCUCCAGUUCUCUGGACCCGUCAUCUCUCCAUCUGCACCAGAAGACAAGUUCUGUUCUGGGCAAACCUCUUAUGCACAGCUUUACUUCAAGAUCCCUGACUUCACUCUCGGGUGCUGCAUUGAUCCCCGGUCCAUACAGGUAUCUCCAAGUGCCAAGUUCAAGCUCACCACAGUGAGAGAAUAUUUGUCUACAGACUACAAGAUUUGGAACUCUUAUGGUGAUGUCCUCUCCACAUCCGGUAGUAGAGAGGUGGACCUGGAAAACCAAACCUAGACUGUGAUAUCCAUGUUUGGGGCCUAGUAAAUGUGUGAUGACACUGCAAAUGCAUUAUUAAAUCAUUUGUAAGCCAGUUAAUUACAUAGGCCCUCAUUGCGGGUCAGAAAAUCGAUAAACUAAGCCCCAGUGUACUAUCCAGCACCCCUGCUAUAUAAUAUGGGGGGGAGGGGUGUGGAGCUGGAAAGCUGGAUAGUAGCAGGGCUUAGUUAUCGAUUUUCUGACC